ACAAGAUAGGGUUUGAUAAACAAAAACCUAAUUUAGGUCAUCUCAUUCUCAUCGUAUUUGGGUCCCCACUCUUUCAUACUUCUUACAUUACAAACUCCAGACUCCACACCACCACCUCCACACAAGAGCCACACUAUUUAUUGGUGUUAAUAAUGGCGGCCACUCACCAUUAACUCCAUAAAACGACCCCGUUUUUUGUAGUCGUUAUCCUCUGUAACUCAGGUGUAUUAUAAGAUUAUCUUUGUUUUUGUUGAUCAACGGUGGAAAAUGGAUGAAGGAACACUUGAUGAAAUCAUACGGCGUUUACUUGAUGCUAAAAAUGGGAGAACUGUGAAACAGGUUAAUCUUCCUGAGGCUGAGAUUCGCCAACUUUGUGUUGCGUCUAAAGAGAUUUUUCUAAGUCAACCUAAUCUUCUUGAACUUGAAGCUCCUAUUAAGAUUUGUGGAGAUAUCCAUGGUCAGUUUUCUGAUCUGCUUCGGCUGUUUGAAUAUGGUGGCUUACCACCUGAGGCGAACUAUUUAUUCUUGGGAGAUUAUGUAGAUCGUGGUAAGCAGAGCAUAGAGACCAUUUGUCUUCUUCUUGCAUACAAGAUAAAGUAUAAGGAGAACUUCUUUCUUCUUAGGGGAAACCAUGAAUGUGCUUCAAUAAAUCGCAUAUACGGGUUCUAUGAUGAGUGCAAGAGGAGGUAUAAUGUCCGCCUUUGGAAAACAUUCACGGAUUGUUUUAAUUGCCUGCCUGUUGCUGCACUUGUCGAUGAAAAGAUCCUUUGCAUGCAUGGAGGAUUAUCACCCGAUUUGAAGAAUUUGGAUCAGAUCAGGAAUUUAGCUCGACCCGCUGAUGUCCCAGAUCAAGGCCUUCUUUGUGACUUGUUAUGGUCUGACCCUGAGAAAGAACUUGAUGGCUGGGGAGAGAAUGAUAGGGGGGUUUCAUACACUUUUGGAGCGGACACAGUUGCAGAAUUUCUUGAGAAGCAUGACAUAGAUUUAGUAUGCCGGGCUCAUCAGGUUGUGGAAGAUGGUUAUGAAUUUUUUGCAAAUCGCCAGCUCGUGACCAUAUUUUCAGCACCAAAUUACUGUGGGGAGUUUGAUAAUGCUGGAGCCAUGAUGAGUGUGGAUGAUUCUUUGACAUGUUCGUUUCAGAUCCUCAAAGCUUGCGAAAAGAAAGGAAAGCUUGACUUUGGUAACAGUAUGUUGAGACCUGGAACUCCACCACGAAAGGGCGGGAAAGGAUAACAGAUCCAUAAGUGUGCAGUGUUUACUGAUAGUUGCUUCCCCGUCGACAAACUCAAAAACAAAUCACAGAAGUGAUGCUAUGUUGCAAAGUAGUUUUGGACUAUCUUGUUGUAAUAGAUAGCAACUAAUGUUAGAAUCCCCCCCCCCCCCUAUUUAACCUCCACUUAUGGCUGAAGAGAAGAGCUUUAGCUCUUAAAGUUGCAGAAAAGGCAAGCCAUAAUUGAUGUUCAUAUACUUGUUGAUACUAUUGGUGCCUUCUCUGGUUACAAAAGUAGUUUUUCCUUGUUGAAAACAGUGAUUAAUCUGAAUUAUUAGUUCGCCAAUGUUUUCUAAUCAUAUUAUUACUGUAAGUGUAAGAUCUUCCUUCAAAGGGCUAGUGUAAUACAUCUAUGGUGAUAUCGCGAUAGACUUGUGAUCGUUAGGUUGCAGCUUGCAACAAUUUCAAUUUGAAGUGGUUGUAAGCAGCAAUAUUAAUGUUAUGUUAUUUGAUGAAA